AUGCGUCGUUUACACGAAGUUAUGUCGAGGUCCACAGCCUCAUUCUUGGUUUGGAUGUCUGUUUUAACUGCGCUCAUAUUCUGCGACUGCACUCGCAAAGAGUUAUAAAAGGAUCCAUACCACUCAUACUUUUUCUUGGUAUUGUAGUUACCACUAUAUGGAUUAGUUCUAUUCGGUUCUUAUGCCUUAACGCAGAUUGGAUGGCAUCUUGUUACCUUAAGUGAUUGUAAUGAUGCUCACAAAGAACUUGUUGGAUAAAUUGAAUUGGCAAAGGCAGAUUUAUCAAAGAAGGGAAUGAAGAUUUGA